UCCGGGUUUUACGAAUUUCUGAUUCAAAUUCAAAAGUUUUUAUCCUUCGGUUGCCCCACUAUAUAUUUGACGCAUGGAUGGCCAUCGUCCGGAUGUAUUUUGAUACUCCUUUUAGUUCUUCGAGGGCCACUUCAAUCUGUGAGUCUGUCUGUUUCUCCAUUUUCUCUUCUGGGUUGGAGAAUUUUCGCGUAUUUUUCACUAAGUUGGAAAGAAAAUGAAAUCCCGGAACGUGUUGGUUCUGGUUCUUUGUUUGAACGUGUUAUUGCUUGGGGCGAUUGCUGAGUCUCCGACUUGUCCUGCUGCUGAUCUAGGAGGUGAAUGCAGCCAUUCUGGGGAAUGGGAAGGGGAAUUUUUCCCUGGUAUUCCCAAGAUUAAGUAUGAGGGUCCUGAUAGCAAAAAACCACUGGCAUUUAAAUGGUAUAAUGCUGAUGAGGAAAUUCUUGGGAAGAAAAUGAAGGACUGGAUGAGAUUCAGUGUUGCAUUUUGGCAUACAUUUCGUGGGACUGGUGGGGACCCAUUUGGUGCUGCGACUAAGUAUUGGCCAUGGGAAGAUGGUACCAACUCAUUGGCUAUGGCAAAGAGGAGGAUGAGAGCCAAUUUCGAGUUCAUAAACAAACUUGGUGUCGAGUGGUGGUGCUUCCAUGAUAGAGAUAUAGCCCCAGAUGGACAAACCCUAAAGGAAACUAAUGCAAACUUGGAUGCGGUGGUGGCCCUCGCUAAAGAGCUUCAGGGAACCAAAAUUAAACCUCUGUGGGGUACAGCACAACUGUUCGUGCACCCUCGAUACAUGCACGGUGCUGCUACUAGCUCUGAAGUUGCCGUUUAUGCAUAUGCUGCUGCUCAAGUCAAGAAAGCUAUGGAGGUAACUCAUUAUUUGGGAGGCGAAAACUAUGUAUUCUGGGGUGGUCGUGAGGGUUAUCAGUCUCUACUGAACACAGAUAUGGGGCGAGAGCUUGAUCAUCUGGCCAGGUUUCUUGAAGCUGCUGUUGCCCACAAAAAGAAGAUUGGAUUCAAUGGAACAUUGCUUAUUGAACCCAAGCCCCAGGAGCCUACCAAACAUCAGUAUGAUUGGGAUGCUGCAACAGCAGCUAAUUUCCUGCGGAAAUACGGUCUUAUAGAUGAAUUUAAGCUUAACAUUGAGUGCAAUCAUGCCACUCUAUCCGGUCACAGUUGCCACCAUGAACUUGAAACUGCAAGGAUCAAUGGGCUGCUAGGAAAUAUUGAUGCCAACUCUGGUGACCCUCAAGUUGGUUGGGAUACUGAUCAAUUUCUGACUGAUGUUGGAGAAGCUACUAUGGUUAUGCUCAGUGUUGUUAAAAAUGGAGGUUUGGCACCAGGUGGAUUCAAUUUUGAUGCAAAAUUGCGAAGAGAGAGCACGGAUGUUGAAGAUUUGUUUAUUGCUCAUAUUAGUGGAAUGGAUACCCUCGCCCGGGGACUCCGAAGUGUCAAGAACCUGAUUGAGGAUGGUUCUUUAAUGGAGCUUGUUCGUAAGAGAUACCAGAGUUUUGACACCGAAAUCGGUGCACAAAUAGAGGCUGGUAAGGCUGAUUUCGAAUAUCUUGAGAAGAAGGCCUUGGAAUGGGGAGAGCCUAAGGUUCCUUCUGCUAAGCAGGAACUUGCUGAGAUGAUUUUCCAGUCAGCACUGUGAAGAAACAGGAGCCCUUUCUUUUUCUUUUAGUUUUUAUGGUUUAGAAUAAUGAAGGCCUGUUGCUAGGGGUUGAGUCUUCUUCUGUUUCAUGGCAGAACAGUGUAUGUAGAACAAGUAGAGUUAGGUUCACAAUGGCUGCAAAUAAUUUUCAUCUUUGCUUGUCAAUUGUCAUAUUAAUUUGAUUUACAGUAGAAGAAAUUCUGUACGUGAAACAAUGGAAGUUAGGAUCUGUUUGUUCUAUAUUUUUCUUUGUUUCUCCUUUUAAAUUCACCAAGAAAUGGGUGCUCCGUGUGUUCUUCA